UAAAGAGCUCAGUUGCUCUCGAACUCUUCCGCAGCGAAGGUGUUCGGCUUUAAUUGCGUUCUGUCAAUUCGCGGUACAUAUUUGGAUUCAAGUUAUUAUUUGCAUCACCCCGACACGAAGCCUCGAUUUAACAUGUUAACGUACAAUGACUAAUCAACCUGUAUCGAACGUUGGAAACGUUUAUUGACUGAAGACUCAAAGACAAGGCUUGCAGCACAUUGGGAGGCUAAACAAAAUUGAAGGAGAAGAAAAAAAAGAAAUAUGUCUAGUGUACCGCAAGUUUCUAGCGGGCUAAGCAAGCUCAAAAAGAAACACUUUCGUGUUAAGCAUCAAAAGGUGAAAUUAUUUCGGGCGAAUGAACCGCUGCUUAGCGUGUUCAUGUGGGGUGUUAAUCACACGAUAAACGAGUUGAGCCAUGUCAACAUACCAGUUAUGCUGCUUCCUGAUGAUUUUAGGGCCUACAGCAAAUUAAAAGUUGACAAUCAUCUUUUCAAUAAAGAAAACAUGCCGUCUCACUUUAAAAUCAAAGAAUACUGCCCACUGGUCUUUAGGAAUCUGCGAGAAAGAUUUGGCAUAGAUGACUUGGACUACAAGGAAUCUAUGACAAGAUGUCGGACGUUUAAUCCUUCGCGAGCUAAACGACGGCCAGACUCGGCAACUGCCGUUGGAAGGACACGGCAAUUGGUGCAGCGAUCGGCAACUGUUCCCUCGAUUAUUUUAUCCCCUCCUCCUUCUGCAGUUUCACAUAUUCCAGUUCUUUCUAAGCCGCAGCGUGCCUACAGUCUUAAACCAAAACGUUUGAGAUCACAACCAGUUCUCGACGACUCAUCAGGCAAGAGUGGCGCUAAGUUUUAUCAAUCGUAUGACAAGUUAUUCAUCAUCAAAACUUUGACGAGUGAAGAGGUAGAAAGAAUGCAUUCAUUUUUGAAGCACUACCAUCCAUAUAUCGUUGAAAGGCAUGGCAAAACAUUGCUGCCGCAGUAUCUGGGCAUGUAUCGCUUAACUGUUGACGGAGUUGAGCAUUACGUUGUUGCCAUUAGAAAUGCUUUCUCAAAUCAUCUUCCCACGCACAGGAAAUUUGAUUUGAAGGGAUCGACAGUGGACAGAGAAGCUUCUGACAAAGAAAAAGAGAAAGAUUUACCGACAUACAAAGACAACGAUUUUGUCAAAGAAGGAAUGAAAAUUUACAUAGGAGAAGAGGCAAAAGGAAAGCUCAUAGAAACGUUAACAGCUGAUGUCGAUUUUUUGACACGGCUACAUCUGAUGGACUACUCGCUGUUGCUUGGUGUUCACGACUGUGCACGAGCAGAACAAGAAAAUAGAGAACGUGCCGAGAGAGAAGAUGAUGAAGACAAUCACGAAGAUGAAGACGACAGUGAAUCCGGUAGCGGAUUAGAUACUCGCGGCCCCAUGGGAGAGUGCCGGCACUGGGGGGGCUUUGCGGUAACGGGGAUGUCAACUCCCCCAGAAUCUCCGCAUACUGCUUUAAUGCGAGAUUCCAGUCUGCAGUAUGAAGGCACUAUCAUACCUGAGUUAGAUAUAUACGCGAUCCCAAGUUCAGAUGGUGCCCCGUUGAAGGAAAUUUAUUUUCUGGCCAUAAUAGAUGUCCUCACGCAUUAUGGCGUGCGUAAACAAGCUGCAAAGGCAGCUAAAACCGUAAAGUACGGUGCAAAUGUCGACGGUAUAUCAACUUGCGAUCCGGAACAGUACGGGAAACGAUUCAUCGAGUUCAUGAGUAAAGCGAUAGAAUAAGCUAAGAUACUUGAUCAAAUUCAGGAUACAUAUAAUUUGAGAAACAACAACAUUUGGAAAUGAUAAUUUUUUAUUUCUUUUGCUCGAGGGAUUUUGAGAUUGAUUGAUUAAAUCGAAAAUUUGACAUAAUUGUACACAUGUGAAAAAGUUGAAUUAAACUUCACAAUUAAUUUAAUUUGGAGAAAACGUAUUGUCAAUCACUUUGUUUUGCAAAUUGAAUUGUCUGUGAUGGGGUUGUUAAUAUGUGAUACAGUGAUUUAAAAAUGUUCAGAGCCUCACAGUGAAGUAAAGACUUGCAGCAGCAAAUAUUAAAUCUUUUGAAUAUCUAACAUUUUUUUUCACUCUACACAACCAGUACUUUCUCGAAUACAAAAAGAGCCUUGUGAAUACGUCAAGUCGUAUUUGUCUGUAGCACCAACAUUCUAUUUCAAUUUGUGUUCAAGUCAAAUCGUUACAGUUCUCUCAUUGUUAUUUAUACAACUGCUGAAUGUAAAUUCAGCAAUUAAAAAUCUUAAUCGAGCCAUCAAAUGAUAUGUAAACACGAUUUUGAAUAGGUCAUGUACAACAUUGUAGAUAAAUUGUUUUAUACGUUAUUAUAAUA